AUGGCCAUGAAGUUAUUGAAAUUAAUCCUCCUUUUGGCCUUUCCAUCGAUCGCUGCCUCGUUGUCCAAGCGUGACUGCGAAUCCUUCGAUCUCACCGAUCCAGGACCCAAUGGAUGGUCCAGGACGGGCCAACCAAUCCGCGUGUCAGAAACCGUGAACUGCACCGCCGAAAGGGCCAAGGAAAACGGCGAUGGCAAAGGAAACUGCAAUAUCCAGCGUUACAAAAUGGGCAUCAUCGCCAACGCAACUAUCAACAGCACCGACGGCGCAACCUAUCGAGCACCAUCACCAGCAAACCUCAAUACCUCCAUGGCGAACAAAAAAGCCAUCAUCAAAGCUGUCAAGGGCAGUGUCGACCUAUCGGGCGUCACCCUGGAAAGACUCGUCGUGAUACCGUUUACUGUCCCUUCCAACACAACGCCGAAUGGGACAUAUGGAUAUUGGACUUUUACGCCUGAGAUACGGUGCUGGCGGGGAUAUCCGAAAGAUUGUGACGGUGAUUUGGAUGAUGACUUGGACGGUAACUCGGCUGUGGUUUGCGGCUUUAGGCUUAAGAGCAAUUCGACGGAUGGCAAUGGCACUACAUAUGCAGGCAAUGUCAGUUUCGUGGAGGAGGAGGAAGAAGAUGGUGUUACAAAGUCUGAGGUCAGACCGUGGCCAGAAUAUCAGAAGGCUCGUCAAAUUGCUGCUGAAUGGGGUCGGGUUGAUGUAGAGUCUGGGGCGAUAAGAUAUUAUGGUAUGUCAACGGCGGCCAUUUGGUCAUCUGUUGCUUAUUUAUUCGUUUUUAUCUAG